GGUUGCCAUGGGGACCUGGAUGCUGACGAAGGCUCGCGAGGCUGUGAGCAGCCACAGUGCCCUGCUCAGAAGCCCGGGGCUCGUCAGUCAAGCCGGUUCUCGGUUUGCACUCGGCAGCUCGGGCAGGCGAGUGGCCCCAAAUUUCUGGAGCAGAGCAGCAGCACCCCAGUCCUGAUCCUCCAACCCCAAGCCUCGUCUGCCCGCCCAGCACCAGGAUGGCCACCAUCACCUGCACUCGCUUCACAGAAGAGUAUCAGCUCUUCGAGGAACUGGGAAAGGGAGCCUUCUCAGUGGUACGCAGGUGUGUGAAGGUGCUGGCCGGCCAGGAGUAUGCUGCCAAGAUCAUCAACACCAAGAAGCUUUCAGCCAGAGAUCAUCAGAAGCUGGAACGUGAAGCCCGCAUCUGCCGUUUGCUGAAGCACCCCAAUAUUGUCCGGCUCCAUGACAGCAUCUCUGAGGAGGGGCACCACUACCUGAUCUUCGACCUGGUCACCGGCGGGGAGCUGUUUGAGGACAUCGUGGCCCGGGAGUAUUACAGUGAAGCAGAUGCCAGUCAUUGCAUCCAGCAGAUCCUGGAGGCCGUGCUGCACUGCCACCAGAUGGGGGUGGUUCACCGGGACCUGAAGCCGGAGAAUCUGUUGCUGGCCUCCAAGCUCAAGGGUGCUGCAGUGAAGUUGGCGGACUUUGGCCUGGCCAUAGAGGUGGAGGGGGAGCAGCAGGCGUGGUUCGGGUUCGCAGGGACACCUGGAUACCUCUCCCCAGAAGUGCUGAGGAAGGACCCCUACGGCAAGCCCGUGGACCUGUGGGCCUGCGGUGUCAUCCUGUACAUCCUGCUGGUUGGAUACCCCCCUUUCUGGGAUGAGGACCAGCAUCGCCUGUACCAGCAGAUCAAAGCCGGCGCCUAUGAUUUCCCAUCGCCGGAAUGGGAUACUGUCACCCCGGAAGCCAAGGAUCUGAUCAAUAAGAUGCUGACCAUCAACCCGUCCAAGCGCAUCACAGCUGCCGAGGCCCUCAAGCACCCAUGGAUCUCGCACCGAUCCACCGUGGCCUCUUGCAUGCACAGACAGGAGACCGUGGACUGCCUGAAGAAGUUCAACGCCAGGAGGAAACUAAAGGGGGCUAUCCUCACCACCAUGCUGGCCACCAGGAACUUUUCCGGAGGGAAGAGUGGGGGAAACAAGAAGAAUGAUGGUGUGAAGAAAAGAAAGUCCAGUUCCAGCGUUCAGUUAAUGGAAUCCUCUGAGAGCACCAAUACCACCAUUGAGGAUGAAGACACCAAAGUGCGGAAACAGGAAAUUAUAAAAGUGACAGAGCAGCUGAUUGAAGCCAUAAGCAAUGGAGAUUUUGAGUCUUACACGAAGAUGUGUGACCCUGGAAUGACAGCCUUCGAGCCCGAGGCCCUGGGGAACUUGGUGGAGGGCCUGGACUUCCAUCGAUUCUAUUUUGAAAACCUGUGGUCUCGAAACAGCAAGCCUGUGCACACCACCAUCCUGAACCCCCACAUCCACCUGAUGGGCGACGAGUCUGCCUGCAUCGCCUACAUCCGCAUCACGCAGUAUCUGGACGCAGGCGGCAUCCCCCGCACAGCCCAAUCGGAGGAGACCCGUGUCUGGCACCGCCGGGAUGGCAAAUGGCAGAUUGUCCACUUUCACAGAUCGGGGGCGCCCUCUGUCCUGCCCCAUCCUACUUCUAUUGUGUCUUGCAGUUGAAGGACCAGGCCGUGGGCGCUGGACCACAGAGAUCCACUUUUUGUCUGAAGAAUGUGGCUGCUGGUUCUCCCCUUUGGAUUGUGCUGGAAUCCCCCCACCCAUCACCUCAUCACCACCACUAUCAUCUCCAUACCGGCAUCAAGAAAAGCUGCCUGUUGGCAAAAGCCAUCGUGACUUCACAGCAAAGGGCCAGCUCUCCCUGCCCCUCACUCCUCUCUCAAUCUCUGGGUGGGAGUCCCUCAGGUCUGAGCGUCCCAGGCGCUGGCCCCUGGGGUGCCCACCCAAGUGUCGUUCUGGUUCUGCCUUGGCUGGAGGCUAGCAUGCCCCGCUAUGUGGUCCCCCGGGCCAGGGAGGAGGAGCAGGAUUGUGGGCAGGGAUAUGGCAUCUGUCACCCCUUCCCCUAGCUGCUCCUCUUCCCAGGUCCCCCAGGCAGGCAGUUAAAGCCCCAAACCCCGAGGCUUUCCCCUCCAGGGGAAGGUGUGGGGGCAACGGGCCCAGCAGUCUCCUGCCUCAAAUUACCUCCCUAAUUCUUCUCCAUCAGGUCCUGCCCUCCCUCGGGUCUCCCCUUGACCCUUCUCCCUCAGUGUGGGGGGGGCGCGAUCCUCUCAGGGUGCCCCCACUUCUCUCCUUCCUCCUGCUGAUGUUCACCUCCACACUAACUGCUCAUUCCACCGGCCGUCGGGCCUGGAGAUUUCCAGCUUCAUCACGUCUGAGGGAGAGAAUUGGAUUGUUUUGGGGGCAAAAGAAAGCAACAUUUAGGUAUCACUUCUACUUGGACCGCAUGCCUUUUUAUAGCCAAACUUCUGUGUAUUUCGUAAAUGGACUUUGCGUUAAUGGAUAUUUCUGUAAUAACUAGACCUCUCGAAUUAUUGUGAGCAGGGUGGGGUUGGGUUGGAAGGGGAGGUGGGGAGAGGGAUGAGGGGUAGUUCUUUUUCCGUUCUAGGUCCUUUUUUUAAUGUCAUCUUUGAGAUGGACUUUGUCACCUGUGGCGGCUCUCUGGGGCCGGGGCAAACUCAGCUCCCAGGAAAGGGCCGCACUGACCUCUUGGUCCUGAGCUUCCAUUUGGAACUGUAGAAGCAUCAGGUGUCAGGGCUGAGAGCAAACUGGGGCAAAGAGAGUGGAGGGGAGUGGUCGGGAGGCGACGUCUGGACUUCGCUCGCCUCCCAAAUGGGGGUCCUUCCCACCAUGCUUCCCAGGAUUUCACCCCAUCACCUCUGUGUGCCGCCCUCAUGCCCCAUGGCCCCCACCUGUCUUUGGGGUUCACGAGCAUGUGUCUUCAUCACUGCUCCCCUGGGUGUCUGCUGGUCCAGGCAGAGCCCCGGGGAGUUCUCUUCACGCUCAUCCUGCAGCCGGGUCACAUCUCUUUCUCCUCUCCUGCCUGGGACUGCCUCUGAUGUGAAAUGUCUGGGCACGUCCGCUGGGAUCUACUAUCUGCACUGUUUUCUUUGCAUGACUUUAUAUGCAGUAAGUAUGUUGAAAAAAAAAAGAAAAGAAGAAAAAACACUCAACAAAACCAAUCUACAUGUUUUGGACAAAAAAUAGAGGUUGUAUUCUCAGUGUCCGACUCAGAAUUAUGUUGCUGCCUCUCUGUGCUUUUGGCCUCUGUGUGGCCGUGUUUUGCCAGCAUGAGAUACUGUCCCCUCUGGAGGAUUUUAGGGGAGCAAGAGCCACAUCCCCAGGGAUUUGGAGCAGGCUCUAGAGCCCCCGACCGCUAGGGGGUCCUGGGUGUUGGUUGGAGCAGGACUGGCAGGCCUAUCUGAGCUUCCGAGUCCUCCGUGGCACCUGCCAGCAGGGCCUCUCAGUUGCUCCUGCCCGGGGCUCGGAACAGGCAGGGCGGGGGCUGCCGGCCGGGAAAGAGGCACCCAGUCUCCUUGUGUCCAGACUGGUCAUCACUGGCCUUCAGCCUUGGCAGAGCCUCUGCAAACAAGCUCACAGGCAGGUACUUGGCCUGCAGGCCCCCCCAAAAGGCCUGGGUAUGUCCCAGCAACAAAACUACCUGCCUCCCCAUGAGACGCCAGCUCCCUACAGCCAUCCUCUGGCCAAAGGUGAAGGUCUGGCCCUCACCAGGGAUGAGGUAAUUACCGAGGCUAAGUCUGGUCCCUUCUCCAGCCUCAGUUUCUCCCCUGAGGACUGCCUCCUGCCGCAUGUUCCUGUCCAGCCUAUGCUGCCAGAUGGCUGGGACAUCCAACCGGAUGCUGUGGGGGAAGCCCAAUGCACCUGUGAGGGCCAACAGGUUGGUCCCCGGCUGGACUCCUGUCCUCCUCCCCACCUGCCCGUCAUUGCCCUCUUUGGUGCCUGUCAACCACUUAGCAGCAGUGACCGUGGGGAAAGGGCCAGGGCUUGGGGGUCCACAGAGGCCCAUUCUCAGCUCUGACCAGACUAGCUGUGUGACCCCAGGCAAGUCCCUUACCCCUCUCUGGCCCUCAGUUUCCCCCAGAGGAAACUGAGCUGAGGACCCCAAUGUCCAGCCUUUCACUUGCUGGCAUGAUUCCCGCCCACUGGGUCCUUCUGCAAGUGCCAGAGCAGUGGCAGCUGGUACCACCCCAGGCUGAGCUGGCCUCCUCGUGACGGCCGCGCCUGUGGGUGGGCAGUAAGCCGGUGUGGGCCACAGGGCUCCGGUGCCAUCCCCAGGCAGCAGGCAGGGGAGACGGAGGAGAGGCGGUCCAAAGCCUACCCCCAUGCCAGACUGCCCUCCUCCAAAACAUCCUGUAGAUGCAAAAACAAUCCAGGCCUAAGAUAAAGGCGAGGCUCGUUUACAGGAAAGUAUCUUCCCGGUCUGCCCAGGUCUGUGCCCGCCCCAGGCUGAUCUCCUGUCUCCGUCGGGGGGGGGGGGGGGGGGAGGGGAAGAGACCCUCUGGGGGGGGUGUUUGCCUGACUCCCCGUGCUGGUGUCUUUGUUACUAUUUGUUUGGGGUUUUGUUUCAGUUUUUUCUUUUCUUUUCUUUUUUUAACAUGUGGCUGUGAACUUGAAUGACCACUGCUCAAACUUUCUGCUAUGGGGGGAGGGAGGGAAGGGACAUCUGUUUUAUUCUUGGUGUUUUCAGUGCAAUAAAUAGCUACAAAC